AGCCAUUUUGGCUCAAGCCGCUCUGGCCACACUGAGCAGCAGUGUCGAAGUUGCGUGCUGCAAUGUCGAAGCGAUUCGUCCCCGUGUCAGACCCCGAAAAACCGCGGACUGAGCAGGACGAGGAAGGCCUUCGGAAGCACCGUCAGUUCGACACCCCGCACGCCAAGCUCAAAGACGACUUGAACAAGCCGCGGGCCCCGAGGGAAGACAAUAACCACCCUGGGAAGCCAACGGGGAAGCUGGCGAAGGACAAGGACCAGCUGUGGCGCAAGAAGGAGGAGAUCCACGCGAAGAACAACCUCUUCGAUAAACAGAAGACGUGGGGCCGGGAAACAUUCGACUACUCCAAUCCAGAGGAGGCGCGCGCAGACGGCAAGGGCGACAGAAAGAAGAAGCCUGGCGAGGUCCACUGGGGCGUGAAGGGCUCCUUCGGCGGUCGCGGCGAGGACACCGGGGUGCUGAUCCUGCAGAGGGGGGAGGUGGACCAGCGGAUGGAGCUGAACGACAAGGGCCUCUGGGUGAAGAAGAAGAAGGAGGCCGGCGCCGACGACGGCGCGGACAAGCCCAAGGUCGACGAGGCGGCCCAGCGCGACCUGCUGCGCGCGGCGCCGUCUAGAGAGGACCCGCGGCUGGAGGCCGCCAAGCAGAAGGGCCGCGGUGGGCCCGACGCCGCCGCCAAGGCGCUGCAGGCUCUGCAGGCGAGGCGCGCCGUGGAGAAGAAGGUGCAGGAGGAGGUGGGCAUGCGGAGCGGCGCCGCGGACGCCCGGCCGUCCGGCAGGGCGGUGACCCUCAACAGCAGCAGCCAGCAGAUGCGGCCAGCGCGGCGGCUGGGCGGCACGAAGCGGUGGCAGGGCGUACAGCGGACGGACGAGGAGGCUCGCGAGGUGGUCGGGAAGGCGGAAAAAUCCGCCACCAUAGGCAAAGACACGCAGGCCGCCGCCGCCGCGACGAGCGCGGCGGAUGUGGCGCCCGACCCUCUCAGGAGACGCGAGCGCAGCAAGAGCCCCGAGUUCGCGUGGAUGAGCGGCAGCGACCGCUCGGCAUCGAGGUCCAGGUCGGCCGCUCGGCGCGGCGGCGGCAGCGGCCGCCCGCCGCGACUUGCGGCGGCGGAGGCCGCCGACGGGGACGGCGAGGCCGCCGCGGGCGACAUCGAGGUCGACUUCUUCUGAGCCGGCCGCGGGCGCCGCCGCCCCCCCAAAAGCGCGCCGAGCGUGGGCGGGCAGCGCUCGUCUGGAGCCGCUCUCGACUGCGCGUGAGAGUGACCCUUCGCCAGAGUGAGCUCUGGUACGGCCUCACUGGGGUCCCCGC